UUACUUUUGACACAGUCACACUGUAUUUGUCAAUAAAAACUUUGACAUUUUCUACAUUUUGUUGGCGAAAAAGAAAUCGUAUAAAUAUAGCAAAAAAUAAAAACAGCAAUUAGAAAAUCAAUAUCCCGACUUAUUGAAUUUAAACUUUUAGUGCUCUAUAUAUUUUGUAGUUUAUAAGAUAGCUUGACGCUGAUGCACAUUGGAAAAAGUGUAAAACGUUGAAAACUUUGAAUGCAGACUGGAUAUCGAAUUUUUUCCGGCUUUAUAGUCCGAAAAGUGAUUAAAUGCCGAAGAAAAAGGGGCAAAAAAAGAAUAUACCAAGAGACUUCACAAUAAACGACAGUGCCAAUGCACCUAAGCCUGUGGCUAGAGUAAAGAAGUCCACCACUGAAGUUACCUGGGAUCAGAUUGCUGACAACGAUCUUGACAUUGUAGAAGAGAUCAAUGAAGAUGGCACUAAAAACAUUGUUUACAAGAAGAAGCGUAACAACUCAAAAUGUGAGGACAACAUUGAUGAAAGACCGGGUAAUGUCUACCCUGAAAUCAUUUGGUACUGGAUAUCACAGUUUAUAAAACCGGAUGAUAUUGGUAAUUUUGCUGGGAUAAACAGAGCAACAUACUUCAUCACUAGGUGUGAAUCGUUUUGGCGGGGGAUAUACAGAAGGUAUUGCGAAAAGCAUCCUAAACUGCCGGAGAAGUUGCAGAUUGACACUUUCAGAGCAUAUGGUCUACGCCAGAGGGUGAUUCGAGCUCUGUACCAUACACAUGAUGAGUUUAUUAAAAAAGUAGCACAACAGGCCGCUCAGGAUAGUAAACCUCAUGACCUGGUCAAAAGGAGGUGUGUCAGCGUAUGGUACUGUAAGGGUGCGGCACACUGGUCAAUAUAUUUUAAGUUAAAAAAAAUGCAGCCAACAGAAAGUGUUCAGAGUCACGAUUUUUUCGAAGAGUUGGGAAGGAUUGAUGCAAAUCCUGAGGAGAACACACAAGUGUUACAGGUAAACUGCCAACACUUCUACGAAGUGCCGCCACUAAUGGGCAUGACGCUGUCCUCAGUAAGCGUGGUGCUGUCCCAAGGAUUCCGCCACCACCGCCUUCACCUGGGCUUUAACACGGGAUCCCACAAUGUCUCCAAGGACAUCCUGCCAGAGUGCACAGUGGUGCUGGACAAAGUUGUGAAUAUCUUCGUGUUUGAUUGGUGGCAUCCAAAGUACCCGCAUUUUGAUAACAACCUGCCAAUAAACGUUGUGGAUGAGGAGUCGUUGCCAGUGCUGAAAAAAGAUUUUUUCGCGACACGCGAUGCUGAUUUAUAGAGAAGCAUAAUGUGAUAUAAAUCUAAUAUAUUUUUUAAUAUGU